CUGGCCCUGCUCCAAUGUCACCCUUGGGUGGGCUUUGCCCUGAGAGUAGGCUGAGCAUGUAGGGUCUGCUGACACUCAGAUCUGCUCUGAGGGCCCAGAGCCUCUGUCCUUGUCCCAUCCUUCAGGGAUAGAGAGGCCCCAAAAGGGCCCUUCCCCUUCCUGUGAAGACACACAGGGAACCUAUAAAGUGUGACACCCAGCUGCACCUUGUUGCAUCCUGGGGUGCUCUGCCCUGCCAGCCCUGGGCCUCCCCAGCUCUGUACCCUGGGGGCCAUGGGAGGCAGCCCCAUCUGGACCCUCACUGCCCUUCUCUGCCUGGGGCUGUGUAGGGGGCUGUGGGACCAGGUCCAGGCAGGGACCCUCUCCAAACCCUCCAUCUGGGCAGAGCCAGGUGCCGUGAUCCCCAAGGGGAGCCAGGUGACCCUGUGGUGCGAGGGGUCCCUGCAGGCUGGUGGCUUCUGUCUGCAUAAGGAUGGGGGCUCUGCCCCCCAUGUGACCAAGGUCCUGCAGGUCCCCAGCAACAAGACCGGCUUCUCCAUCAACUCCGUAACUGAAUUCAGAGCUGGGCUGUACCAGUGCUCCUACCUCAGCUCCAACAUGUGCUCAGAGCGCAGUGAGCCCCUGGCCCUGGUGGUGACAGGAGUGCUCCCCCCACCCUCCCUCUCAGCCCACCCGAGCCCUGUGGUGGAGGCAGGAGGGAGGGUGACCCUCUCCUGCAGCUCAGAGACAGCAUCGGGCACUUUCCACCUUCUGAAGGAGGGGGGCGCUGACCCCCACACACACAAGAUGUCAACAUUCACUGGGGGCAAGAGCCGGGCGCAGUUCCUUGUUGGUCCUGUGACCUCCUCCCACGGGGGCACCUACAGGUGCUACGCCUCCUAUAACAACAACCCUCAGGUGUGGUCACAGCCCAGCAACCCCCUGCACCUGAAGGUCACAGGGCACCAAGGCCCCCUCGUCUCCCUUCCUGCUCUGAUUGGGAUCCUGGUGGCCGUCCUCCUGCUGCUCUCCCUCCUCCUCCUCCUCUCCUUCCUCUUCGGAAGCCUGCAUCAUCAGGGGGAGCACAGGCUGCUGUGGGCUGCCGGCCCAGAGCCACAGGACAGAGGCUUGCAGACCAGUGCUGUGGCCACUCCCCAGGAAGACGCCCUGAGUGAGAGGAAGAGGAGGAGCAGCCAGGGGGACAGAGAUGCUGCAGAGGCAGAGACGCGGCCUGAGGAGGGGGCACAGCUGGACUGUCGGGUGAGCCCUGCUCCAGCCCAGGACAAGGACCUUCCCGUCCCCACUCUGACUGCAGUGCCCUGUCCGUCCCCAGCGUCCCAGCUCUCAGACCCAGCUCUCCUGCAGGCUGCCGCCUCCACAGCCCCCCAGGAUGUGACCUAUGCCCAGCUGACCCUCAGGCAGGGGACGGUGCCCCCUUCCUCCUGGUCAGAGGAUCCCCCCGAGGAGCCCAGCCUGUACGCUGCUCUGGCCACCCAGUAGCCCAGGGGUCUGGGCCUCCCAUGCCAGCCCCCCUCCAAGUGCAGAGCUGUCCCCAUGGACACUUCCUGAUGACCAGCCAGCCUGGACCCUGACGGCCACCCGGAGGCCCUGGGGCCCUUUGGGAGUCAGCUGGCUCUGCCCUCACACAGAAGGAAUGUCCCACGUUUUGGAAAUAAAGCGGCUGGCUCCUGAGUGA